UUCUUAUGGAUGGUGGUGGUUGUGGUGGGAGUGGUAAAGGCAUCACAAGUCAUCCUGACCAAUAGUGGUUACAUGGGUAUUGUGGUAGGCAUCUCCUCAGAGGUGGACGAGAGUGACUGCCAGCCCGUCAUUGAUUCUGUCACGGAAAUAAUAAAGAAGGCAUCAGAAAUACUCUACCAGAAUACUCACAAGCAAGUCUUUUUUGGAGAUGUAAAGAUUUUGAUCCCAAAAUUUUGGACCAACUGCAACGAAAAUGCUGUAGGUGCGGAAUCGGAAAGUUAUGAGGAGAGUGAUAUUAAGAUAGCCAAGGAGAAUGUUUUGUAUGGUGACCAACCGUACACACUACAGCCUGGUGAGUGUGGUGAGCCAGGCCUCUACAUCCACCUCACUCCCACCUACCUCACCCACCCCAACAUCAUCAAUUUGUGGGGACCCCCAGAAAAGGUGCUGAUGGCAGAAUGGUCCAAGUUACGUUGGGGGGUGUUUGAUGAAGUUGGUUACCCUGAUGAUUAUUUAUUUCCCCUGGAGUACACAGAGGAUGUUGAGACUAACACCACAAACACAGAGAAGCUCUUCCUCCCUACUGUCUGCACUUCUGGAGUGCCACAAGGAAACUUCAUUAACAAGAGGACAGGAGAAAGUUGUGUUGAUGUGAUACCUCGUGACCAUAACUGUCGGUUUAAGAUGUCCAAAGGCCAAGACCUAAAUGCUUCCAUUUUCUCUUCGCCAAAGGUUGACAAGGACAUGAUUGUUGGGUUCUGCAGUGACAAGAGUACUGGAAUCUUCCACAACAGCGAGGCACCAACAAAGCAAAAUACCUUUUGUCAUGGCAAUUCCACUUGGAGCAUCAUUUUGCGCCAUCCAGAUUUCUUGAACUUCGGUGAUUUAAAAGCCCAGAAAGAAUAUGCUGAACCAAAUGUGACAUUAGUGCAGGAGGCUGAUGCAAACUUUGUCUUACUACUGGACUACAGCGAAAGCAUGAUUACUGAUGGAAUUCUCCCCUCAAAUGAAGUCACCCGUCUGUCAAGGAUGAGAAGAGCAGUUAUCUAUUGGCUAAUUCAUGAAGUAGCUGAAGGCAGUUCAGUAGCCAUCGUCUCUUUCUCUGGAACUAGCAAACUUGUGAAAAACAUGACCAAAAUUGAGGGCAAGUCAUCUCGGGAGGCCCUUGUGAAAGCUCUCCCUUUAACAGCCAGAGGGAUAACUUGCAUUGGAUGUGGGCUUUAUGAAGCGAUAAAGGUGCUUCAAAAUCUUAAGAACCAAGUGAUAAUUCUACUAUCUGAUGGCAAGGAGAGUUCCAUUGAAGAACUCCGAAUUAACCGAACCAUAAGUAGAUAUAAAAAUAAGUUUGAAAAAACAAACAUUCGACUUGUCAGCAUAGCUUUUGGCCGUGAAGCAGACCCAAGGUUAGAGGAGCUUGCAAAAUUGAAUGGAGGAUGCAGUUUCACUGUGAAUGACGAGGACAAAGGGCACAUGCUGGGUGAUGCCCUUAGAGGAGCUCUCGUGUACCAGCCACCACUGAACCCCAGUGACAUGGUCAUACAGAUAACUUCAAAGGAACUCAAAGUCAGUGGUUCUUCGGAUCAGGAGAAAAUCACGGUAGGAAGCACAUUCACUGUUGAUAAGGGCAUGGGUAAGAACCUCGUCUUCCGUUUGGACUCUUUCUGUGAAAACUAUAUCACAAACGAUACACAACCACAACUUAUUCGGCCAAGUAAUAAAGUGGAGGAAAAUGUUACGGAAACAUUUUAUCCGGAUACACUCAUGUGGCAUAUCACUGUACCAAAAGCUGAGGAAGGUCAGUGGAGGUGGUACAUAAAGCUGCCACCAAAGAAAGACUGUAAUGUCCGUUAUGGAGUAGCAUCACAGCCCCAUGACCUUAGCACUUCUUCAGUCACCAUCAAGGGUUGGGUGAACGUUGGGAAUGUGGUGGAUGCAGCUAAGGAUAAGAAGGUCAUUAUUUGUGCCAAGGUGAUACAGGGUAUCUACCCAGUCCUCAAUGCCUCGGUCAGUACACUCAUCACUCACCCAGAUGGUAUAAAAAAAGAAGAAUUGCAGCUGCUUGACAAUGGGCAAGCAGCUGACAGAAUAGCAGGUGAUGGUAUCUACUGCCGGUACUUAUUGAAGUAUUCUGAGAAUGGACGGUACAGCAUCAAGGCUCUGGCAAGUAGCAGUGGUGACACGUACAUUAUCAAGCCAAAACAAGACAAGACAAAACGUAGGCGAAAAUCAGCUGAUGCCAUGAACUAUGUUCCAGAUUAUUGCUGUGGGAGUAAGAUUCCUGUGGAUUUAUUCAAACAAGAGACUGUCAAACCCUUUAGUAGGGAACUGCCAACUGGAUCCCUCAAAGUGAUCAACUUUUCAAAUGAGAGUAAAGAUGCAACAAGUCCCUGCCGUGUAACAGACCUGAAAGUAGAGUUUUUAUACCAGGACCCUGAUACAGAUGAGUUCCUCUUAUCCCUCUCUUGGACUGCCCCAGGAGAUGACUUGGACUUUGGCAAAGUGUCCAGCUAUGCACUGUGUAUGACAGAUGACCGCCAGUACUUGAAGGAGUAUAUAUUUGACAAAAGUGAACGCAACAUUUUUCUCAAUGUGUCCGACUCAUUGGUGACUAUCUCUGCUGGAGAACCAGUCCUUACCAAUAUAACUGGUGUGAAGAAAAUGAAAUUUUACCAGUAUUAUUAUGUUGCAUUGCGCAGCAGAGAUGAAGAGGGUAAUGCCAGCCCGGUGUCCAACAUUGCAAAACAACGUCUCCAAGUUUUCUACAUGAAGUCGGUGCCUUUAAUAGAGACUAAUAAGGACCUCAUCAUCUGUGGCUCCAUCGUGGCUUUUAUUGUCCUGAUCAUUGCUGCCGGGACUUUGGUAUGGUGCAUCUUGAAAAAGAUUAAAGAACAGGAGAAUAGUCUUCAAAGUGACAUUGUUAGUUCUGUAUACAGUAGAUCUUGUAAAGUAGAGCUGCACACCUAAUUACAGUUCAUAUUACCACUAAGUUGAUCUUGACUCAAGACAAGAAAAACCACUGAAAAUGGUAUUUCUAAUUUGACAACUGAUAUCUAAUGUAAGAUCAAAAUUAUUUUAAUCCCACUUCCUUUGUUUUAUUUAAUUUUAUGAGUUUAAGAUGUGUUAUGAUACAGUAUUAGUUUCAUGAUUUGAACCACUUUAUGACAUUGUGUCUACUAUUCUCACACAACUUUUGCUCAGACAAACCUGAACUGUGUAAAUUUCCUGCUCACUGUACAGUUAAGCCAUUGUAAAAAGCUCGGUUCACUCAGGUUUCAGAAAAUGUUUACUACAGAGGAAGAGCUGCUAUCUGCUGCAUUUGUAACGGUGUCCACUACAGUAUAUAAGCCAAGAUAACAUACUACUCUCACUAUAUGGUCUGUUCAAUACUUAAAUAAUAUUAAAACAAAUUCACAAACCAUAGCUAUUAAUCCCUAUUGUUAUUAUGAUACACUUGAUGUUGAUAAACUUAAGUAUCAACCUCUUAAUGGUCACUCAUGUAAAUUAUGUCAUCCCUUGUUAUAUACUAAUUGGUCACGGACGUAGUUUACAUCACAUUGAGCUAGGGCUCAGUAGGCUUUUCUUAGGGCUCUUUAUGGGUCCAGAAUUGUAGAAUAACUCAUUUUAUUUGACUUGGCAACAUGUAGCUGCAAAAACAGAGACACAGCACAAUGUGUCGUGUAGGGAGAAGCAUCAACUUGAACCCCUCCUUCUCACCUUGCAUCCCUCCCUCUCACCUUGCACCCCUCUUUCUCACCUUGCACCCCACCCUCUCUCAU